CGAAAGCCAAUGGCGCGCAACCAGCGAGUCAACCACAGAUGACGUGAAGUAAGCUGACCGGCGAAAAUAGAAUCCGGGCGCGGGGUGCCAGGCGUGGCGCCGGGACGUACGACGGAACGUAUAUGUACCACGGCACAGCAGCAUGACCCCUGCCUUGCGCUCGACUUGUUCGCCAUACACCUCUUCACGCAUUGGACUGCAUCAGAAGCAUUGAGCUAUCUUGACUUCAGGCAAUUGCACUCAACUCAGUAGACGAUAUCGACUGCCACCUCCUCCGUGUCGAGUACAUUAGCACCCGAGCAUCGCUCAGUGCUUUCCCCACAGUCAUGGAUGGACACGCCACCGCCAACGGGCACACCUCACCCUCUACGCACUUCGACGUCCUCAUAAUCGGCUCUGGUCUCUCCGGCAUCAACGCAGCGUACCGCGUGCAAGAAUCGCUGCCCGACUCCAACUUCGCAAUCCUCGAAGCGCGCCACGAGCUCGGCGGAACAUGGUCGCAAUUCAGGUACCCAGGAGUCAGAUCGGACUCGGAUCUGCAUACGCUGGGGUUCCAGUUCAACCCCUGGAAAGCGAGUAAUCCUAUAGCGAGCGGCGAUAGUAUCAUGGAAUACCUGAACGACACGGCGGACAAGUUCGAUAUCAAAAGGAAGAUCAGAUGUGGACACAAGGUGGUUGGCGCGGAUUGGAGAAGUAGUGAUCAGAGAUGGAGGCUUGAUGUGCAGAUUGGCCCAGGUGAGGGGCAAGAGGCACAAACGGUGGUAUACUGGACCAAAUGGCUCAUCAUGGGAACGGGGUACUACUCUUACGACGCGCCCAUGCAAGCAGACAUUCCCGGCCUUCAAAACUUCAAAGGACAGAUAGUACACCCGCAGUACUGGCCUGAGAAUUUGGACUACAAAGACAAGAAGAUGGUGGUUAUCGGGAGCGGAGCUACGGCUAUCACGCUACUGCCUGCGCUGGUAGAUUCGGGGGUGGGAAGUGUGACGCAGUUGCAGAGGAGCCCGAGCUAUAUUAUGAGUUUACCACAGGAGGGUCCGGCCUGGUGGGAGAAGUACGCACCACAAUGGUUCGUCCUACGAUACAAGCGCUUCAUGUUCACCCUCAUCCCUACCUUGCUCUACUAUUUUUGCGUGUACUUCCCCGUCCGCGCCUCCAACUUCCUCCGCAAGCAAGUCAAGCGCCAACUCCCCGCCGACUUCCCUCUCGACCCCCACUUCAAACCUGGUUAUAGCCCCUGGCAGCAGCGCCUCUGCCUCUGCCCCGACGGCGACUACUUCAAGUGUCUUGCCUCUGGGCGCGCACAUGUCGUCACCGAUACCAUUAAGAAUGUGGUUGCAGAUGGCAUCGAGCUCACUAGCGGCAACAAAUUGGAUGCGGACAUUAUUGUCACAGCUACGGGGUUGAACUUGAGGUUUCUUGGAGGUGUGGCUCUAAGCGUGGACGGGAAGAAAGUUGAUGUCGCUUCCCAGCACCUCUGGCGCUUCAGCAUGCUCACCUCUCUCCCUAACCUGGGCAACAUAAUCGGCUACUGGAACGCCUCUUGGACACUCGGCAGUGACACCGCGUCUCGCUUGUUCGUGCGCCUCAUCAAGCAUCAGAACGAAAACGGGUAUACUUCCGUCGUCCCGGAGAUAAGUGAAGCUGAUAAGCAGAAUGUCGUGUUGGCUAGUCCACUGAAUAGCACAUACAUAAAGAGUAAGCUAGAUAGUAUGCCGAAAUGUGGGACUCGUGGGCCGUGGCGGCCGAGAGAUUUCUACUUUGUGGACAAGUGGAGGGCCGAGAAAUGCGAUUUGAAUGAUGGAUUGAAGUGGAAGAAGGUCAGCACUUAGUAGAGCGACUUACACGCGUAAGACCGACCUGGAACUGUUUCGGGGUUCAUCAUUAGGAUUGAUCACCCAUCUUUGAAGGGUCACGAUGCAAUUUUCAAUUUGACGUCAAAUGGUGUGUGCAGAAUAUAGAGCAAGCUCUGAAGUACCAAGUCAGUCAACCGUCUCAUUGAGACCGAUAGAACAGCUAGAUCUUCGCCCUCGCAGGCGCAGUCACUAUUCUCCCAUGAACAUAACAUAUUCCCCUAAUCUUCU